UGGAACUGCAAGAGGGAGGUGCAUAGCUGCAGCUCAAAGAAAAUGAAUGGCACACUGGAUCACCCAGACCAACCGGAUCUAGAUGCUAUCAAAAUGUUUGUGGGCCAGGUCCCACGGAGCUGGUGUGAGAAGGAUCUAAGAGAACUCUUUGAACAGUAUGGUGCUGUCUAUGAAAUCAAUGUCUUGCGGGACAGGAGUCAAAACCCUCCUCAAAGCAAAGGGUGCUGUUUUGUUACAUUUUAUACCCGUAAAGCUGCACUAGAAGCACAGAAUGCUCUUCACAACAUGAAGAUACUCCCAGGGAUGCACCAUCCUAUCCAGAUGAAACCAGCUGACAGUGAAAAGAAUAAUGCAGUAGAAGAUAGGAAAUUGUUUAUUGGAAUGAUAUCCAAGAAGUGCAAUGAAAAUGAUAUCCGAGUGAUGUUCUCCUCCUUUGGACAGAUUGAAGAAUGCAGAAUAUUACGGGGCCCAGAUGGUCUCAGCCGAGGUUGUGCAUUUGUGACUUUUACGACAAGAGCCAUGGCACAAACAGCAAUCAAAGCAAUGCACCAAGCACAAACCAUGGAGGGUUGCUCUUCUCCCAUUGUGGUAAAAUUUGCUGACACGCAAAAGGACAAAGAGCAGAAACGAAUUGCUCAGCAACUCCAGCAACAAAUGCAACAGAUCAGUGCUGCCUCUGUAUGGGGAAAUCUGGCUGGUCUGAACACGCUUGGACCCCAAUACUUAGCACUUUAUUUGCAGCUCCUUCAGCAGACAGCAGCUGCCUCAUCUGGGAACCUGAACACAUUGAGCAGCCUCCACCCAAUGGGAGGCCUGAACGCGAUGCAGCUCCAGAACCUGGCCGCUCUGGCCGCCGCAGCCAGCGCGGCCCAGAACCCGCCGAGCGGCACCGCUGCGCUCACCUCCUCCAGCAGCCCCCUGAGCGUGCUCACCAGCUCAGCAGGUUCUUCACCUAGCUCCAGUAGCAGCUCUUCUGUUAACCCAAUGGCUUCUCUUGGAGCAUUGCAAACACUGGCAGGGGCUACUGCAGGCCUCAAUGUUAGCUCUCUAGCAGGAAUGGCAGCCUUAAAUGGAGGACUUGGCAGCAGUGGUCUCUCCAACGGGACAGGGAGCACAAUGGAAGCCCUCACCCAGGCCUAUUCUGGAAUCCAGCAAUAUGCUGCUGCCGCCCUGCCCACGCUCUAUAAUCAGAGUCUCUUAACACAGCAGAGUAUUGGUGCAGCAGGAAGUCAAAAAGAAGGUCCCGAGGGAGCCAAUCUGUUCAUCUACCAUCUCCCCCAGGAGUUUGGGGACCAGGAUCUGCUGCAGAUGUUCAUGCCAUUUGGAAAUGUUGUCUCUGCCAAGGUUUUCAUUGACAAGCAGACCAAUCUAAGCAAGUGUUUUGGUUUUGUGAGUUACGACAAUCCCGUCUCUGCACAGGCUGCCAUUCAGUCGAUGAACGGCUUUCAGAUUGGCAUGAAGCGYCUGAAAGUGCAACUGAAGCGCUCUAAGAACGACAGCAAGCCAUACUGAGCGCCCCUCCCCUCCGGGACUGGAGUGAGAAGGAUCUUCUGGUAAGUUGGGGAGGAGCGCACAUAGUGAUUCGAAGCCCUAAGGCUGUGUUUUUGCAGUCCUGGAAGCUGAUCCAUGCCGUUCUAUCUGGCACAUCUUCCCCUGAAGACUCGGCUGCAACCUCUGCUGGGAAUCCUGCUUCGGAUGGAGGACAAGUUUGUGCUUUUGUUUCCAGUGUUUUACUUUGGAGUUUAGGUGCCAUAUCGCUGAGGUUUUUUUUCCCUUAUUUAAAGUUUGCUGUGUUUGUAACCAGUGUGUGUUGAGAAGGACCAAUGCCAGCUCCUUGGGGGUGGAGAGGUAAGGUAAAAGGGAGCAGCAGAAACCAACACCACACUGCCUUGGGGUGGAGAGGAGAAGGGGAAGCAGAAAUAACGCUGAACAGCUGAUGAGAACAAGGAUGGUGAGAAAGGAGACCUGAGUCCAUCCAAGUCUGGCUGAGCAAGGAACAGACUCCACAUAGCCUUUGUCAUGCCCCACUCUUUGAAGCUUCCUUAUCUCUCUGCCUUUGUGGGGAUUUAAUAAUUCAUCUCUAAGCAGGAGACAGGCUAGAAGAGUGAACACAUUUAUGAGUUAAAGGAAAACUGCAGUUUUGGGGGCUUGUUUUUGUUUUUGCGCUGUAUAAAGUGGUGUUUGUGUAGCACUGUGAACGUAUGCAGCACUUUCAUAAAGUAAUGUCUCAGCUCAGAAGAUUUCACUGCAGUUUACCACUGAAUAUUAAGGAGAUGGAGUGAAUUGUUCCAUGCCUAGGAAAAUUAUCCCUAUAUAAUUCAGUUAGGUAUUGUAGAAAGCUUUAGAGAGACACAGCUUAAUCUGGAGGAGUGGAUACAAGUAGAGAUGGAAACAAGAAACUUUAGAACCCUGACAAACUAGGAAUAUUUUUUGCCAUAUAUUUUUCCUGACAUUUUCUCAAAUUCCCCCUUUCUGUGGAGUAAUAUCCUUCUACAGAGCAUUGCUUUAUAUUCAUUCUGAUAAGCAUAAGACUGUUCCUCCGUUGAAAUGACUGUUAAAUAUACACAAAGCCAAGUGUUUACCCUAAAACAACUCUUUGAGACUCCUGCUUCAUACAUGUUCACAUGACAGUUGCUUUUUCAGUUUUACUGUGUUGCAAAGAAUUCUUUAUUUAAAAAAAAAAAACUAUUUUGUGGAGUGGUUUAGUCUAGUAUUUAGGUAUUUCUUUAAACUGCAGUUUUCCUUUAAGGUGAUGUGUGCCAGUGCAAAACAGGAAUAACACAGGAGCUGUUGAACCAUAGCAGAGCACUGAGCCAUCCCGUCUUAUUCUGCCUUUUGGCAUCAUCUGUUGUCUUCUAUACUGAAGAAAAAAUUCAACACAACCCUCCAGUGAAUAUAYGCUUUUUUUGCACACUUAUGAAAUGCUAAUGUGUUGCUAAGGGCCUUGUUAUACACUGGUUUUGGGGGACUCAAAGGAUUUUUGACACUCUGGCCUGAAUCGUUUGAAGGAGUCCCGUGUUAUAACCACCAAAAUCCACCUCUGUCUGAAGAGAAAGUUUACAAUUUAUGUAUUUCUUUGACAGAAGUUCUAUUUACCUCAUAUUUUCUCCAUUUCCUUGUUUCCUUUAUAUUCCCAGUUGGUGAUGCUGUUUCCUAGGGCACCAGAUAACACUACAAUCUGGGAGCCAGCUGCUAAAUGAGUGUGGGUCGAACAUAGGGUUUGGGCUUUCUGUUCUGCUCCAGCAGGAGGAGCACUGAAUUCAUCAAACCUGAAAUCAUGUUCAGAAUAUGGAUGCCCAUGUGCAAGAGGCGCAGCUGUGGUCCGUUGGGAAUGUCAUGCAUUCGCAUGGACUUAGUUCCCUGACCUCGGAAGUACAAGGCCUGACCAGACAGUUCAAGAAGAAUCCCUUCCCUUGUUAAAUUGAAAAACAUUUACUUGAAAUCUAUCUGUCUCUUUUUUGUGGCAGAAAGGUAAAAUAAAUCUAUUAGUGCUCAGAUUAUCUUUUGGUGGAAAUGGUUGAAAGGCCAGACUGCCAAAUGUCCCAUUUAUGCUGGCAUGUGGUACCCUUCCAUGUUAAUCAUUUGGAUCUCUCUAUCUAGAAACGUAAGCAUACACUUAAGUGAACCAUGUACACUUGAAUUCUGCACAAUGGGAGAGAUGUGUCCUGGUUUUCUGAGAAGAGAGUGUUGGAGUGUGAAGGCCUCCAGGGUGAUGAUGGGAUUUUUUUAUAAAUAAUAUACUUUUCAAGAAAAAAUAAAAAGAGAAAAAAAAAAGAAAAAAAAAAUGGUUGGGAGCAGCUGCUCCAAGUGCAACCUGCUGUAACCAAGAAUGUUGUUUCUAUUUUUAUAGAGGUUUUAUACAGCUCCAGGAUGGAGAAUAUUUAUUACCUAAAUUAUUUCACUGGAAAAAAAAAAAAAAAAAGGCCAGGGUUUUGUAGAAUCCUGAAUGUGAUUGUUUUACACACAUAAUGAUGUGCAUGAUUGAAACUACUGAUUUUCAGUGGCCUGUUUGCAGCCCAACAACUGCCAAUGGGAAAGAUUAACGCUGUGAACCAGUGGAGGAGAGCACUGCGCUCUGGGGUCUCUACAGUCACUCUUACCUGCUUUGCACCCUACCCACUGUACUAUCCAAGACCUUUGUCCUGUUUUUCUUUUAACCU